GGGGAGCCCCUGCAACUGUCCCUGCUGCCCGCGUGCUCGGACGCGCUGCGCUGCAGCGGGGGGUCCCUGGGCUUCAGGGCAGAGGUGAACGUGGCUGAGAUAAAGCCCGAGCUGUGCCCUGGUGACGGGGCUGGCUAGGUUUGGGGGCAGCUCGCUCUCUUGCUGUCUCUCUCUGGCGCAUUGAGUUAGUGUCCCAGACCUGAAUGAGAGCUGGGGAUAAGCUUGAAAGCUUUGUCUCGCUCCCCAGCAGAAAUGGGUCCAAUCAAAGAUAUUACCUCACCCUCCCUGUCUCUCUCACUGGGGUAUGGCAGGGUUUCGGUGUGUGAAAGCUCAACGCCUGUUGUUUUUUUGGGGAUGGGCAGAAGGAGUAACAGCCGUGUUAGUCUGUAUCUGCAAAAAGAACAGGAGUACUUGUGGCACCUUAGAGACUAACAAAUUUAUUAGAGCAUAAGCUUUCGUGGACUACAGCCCACUUCUUCGGAUGCAUAUUGUCAGUCUCAGCUUGGCAGCACCUAGCUUUUAGAGGAUGAAAUGAAUCUGCUGCUCCAUGAAAGACACAAACCCAGCUGCAUACAAGGGCACUACCAAAUACCUACUGGGAAUGAUUUUGCCUGUCCCCCAUAUCUUUCAGCUGCAGUAAAUGUAUGAAGCAAUUGUAAGAGCAACACACCUUUCAGCCCUCAUGUCUUUUGGCAUUGUUCGAUAGACUUUUGACCUCUAAGGAAUGUUGCUUACCCAUUACCCCACCCACCUUUUUCUAUAGAGAGGCAUAGUUCAGUUUUGACCAGCUGAUUAUGUGGCAGCACUGAUUUCAUUUACUGAGGUGUUGGAUGGCUGCUUCAUGUGUCUUCAGAGGGGACUUCCAGUUAGAAAUGAAACUACUGUGAAUCAAAGAAGACAUGAAGGUGCAGAAAAUACUCAUCUUUCUGUUUCAUUUGUAUGCUGUAGUUUCAGGUCCUGAAACUGGGCGAUUUUCCGAAGAUGUUAUUCUUCCUUGCUUUUUUGAAUCUGCGAAAGAUGAAGUAAUUUACUGGAAGAAAGGGAACAAAAAUGUGCACAGCUACUACUAUAAGAAGGAUCAGCUAGAACAUCAAGACUCUGAGUACAAGGGGAGAACAUCCCUUUUUCAUGAACAAAUUCCCAAUGGAAAUGCCUCUUUGAAACUGAGUAACCUGAGCCUGAGUGAUGAGGGCUCCUACAGCUGCUAUGUGGGGACAAAUCACGGUAAAACAGAUGUGGAAGUCAGUCUGCAUGUAACAGUUUCCCCCUCUUAUGCAAUGGAAUAUGAAAAACGAGACACAGAGAGACUGUUGAAAUGUCUUGCCUUUCGUAUUUAUCCUGAGCCAAACAUAACAUGGGCAUACAACAGUACAUCUAUGCAAAACACAAAAAUGGAAGUAACCCAGGAUGGCCCUCUCUAUUUAGUUAGAAGUGAGCAGAUCAUUACAAACAAAGUUUCUUCUUACCAGUGUCACGUUCAAUUUCACAACCAAAAUUGGACUGCUGAAUGGAAAAUGGAAGAUCCGUUUUUUAAAAAGGAAGGAGAUAAUGUUUCAAUUCCAUGUGAAUUUAUGGCUGAAGGGUCUCCAUAUGCUAAAGACUUCAUAGUUACUUGGACAAUAAUCAGAACUGCAUCUACCUUGGUUUUGGCAUCCUCCGACAACUCAUCACAACCCCCUGUACAGUUUAAACCUCGAUUCUCUUGGGAGAAAAUCAAUGAACAGAACUACUCAGUAAUCUUAAGGGAUCUUACUCCGGCAGACAGUGGAGAAUACAUGUGCAAUAUUUCAACACCUCACUAUACACAACUCACUGUAAGAAUUUUGCAAGUUGAGGAAGAAUCUUCACGUCACCAUUGGAUAGUUAUAGUGUCACUGAUCCUCAUCAUUGCCUUUGCUAUAUGGUGUGCUGUGAAGAUAAGACAGUGAAGGAUGGAGCCAUAAAAUAAAGAGAGAGCAAAGAUAAAAUGGCUGCAUAUGGACAGUUUACAAUGUAAUGAAGAAGGAGAAGAUUUCAUAACAUAUGAUCAGAGACUUGAGCAGUAUUUUAAUGCAAAUGCUAUGGAAGAUAUAGAUGACUGUUUCCUAACAUUGGUGUGUAAAACCACUUUUGCGGUACAUAAAAGUUUUCUGCAAGAACCUGACGAGCUGGAAUAUGAGAACAUAAAAGAGAUUCUAAAGAAGCAUUUUUGUGCCUACUGCCAAUUUUUUAACAGACCCAUAUAAGUUUCAUCUAAGAAACCAGCUAGAAGGAGAAAGUAUCUGAAUUUUUGGCAACCCUGAAAAAACUGUCCACCAUUCUGUUUUGGUAAUUUUCUGAAGGAACUCUCAGAUCAAUCUGAAUUAAGAAAGAGGUUGUUGGAUGUUGUGUAUCACAAGGAACUGCCACUAGAUGAAGACUGCUCUAUUUGAAUCCACACAAAAAGUGUGCCAAAAUUUGAAAAUAAAUUGGCCUCAUCGUGCUGGGCUGGAAAGAAGGGCCUCAGCAGUGGAUGAAAGAAACACCACCACCCGGUGGCACCUGUCAUAGGAGCCAAACAGAACAAAGGGAGCCCUGUUUCUGCUGUCUGGGGACACGACACUGGCAGGAGCACUGCACACUGCACCAGGGUACAGCGAAGGAUCCACCAAAAGGAAGCCAUAAGUGUCUACAUGUAGGAGCCACCAUCCUAGUUAGGUGGUGACUGUCAGGGUUGGAAGCAGGUUGUUCCCUGGAGGAAAGGAUGCAUGAGCCAUACCAUUUCACAGAACUGUAUGUGGUGGGAAAUGGGACAAACAUAUCAUCCCCUGUAUUAUGAUAACGUAAAGGUAAAUGACAUGAUAUUGACAAUGGAAGCAGAUACAGGAGCAACCAUAUCUGUGAUCUCUGGGGGCAGGGUGGGGAGGAGUUAAAAUUUUUUUCCUCCUGGGUUAAGAUGAAGAGAAAUAAUGUACUUGGACAGCAUUACAAUUAAGGGCAGAUAGCUGUGUUAGGCAGCCUCUCUGUUACUCUAAUUUAUAUAGAUAUCUAUUCACCAUUAGAGUUAAUUGUGAGUGAAUGAAAUCCUCCUUCCCCCACUGAUGGACACAAACUAGCUAUACAAGUUUAAACUGGAUUGGAGAGUGGUGCACGACAUGCCUGAUAGAGUUGGGGAACUGAAAAACACAAAGCUGUGGGUGGAUUGUACAGAUGUGGGUUUGGAAAGAGGCAAUAACUGAGAGGCUGGUUGUGUUUGACAAGGCCUAAAUUCCUUAAGGCUAGACCUGUGCCUUAUGUUCCGCAGAAGCCUGUGGGAAAAAACGUGAAAAACCCACAACAUAAACCUCCCAGGUUUUUCUGCCUUGGGCAGUGAUGGUGCAAAAUUACAGGGGAGGGAUAAAGUGGGGGGGAAAAGUGUGGUAAAGAAGAUAUUGGACCUAUUGACACAUUUGAUAGCGAUAAUGAAGAGGUACAUUGACUGUUACCAGAUAAAAGCUCAGUAUGAUUACAGAAUGUGGCCCCUGAAGCAAGAAGAGAUUGUUUGGGUUUUUGUUGGCUGAAGGAGGAGGAAUUAGUGUGGAAGAUGGUGGCCAAGAGAGGAAGAGUUCCCCUGCUGGGCAUGAGGACAAAGUUUGGAUGGCCCUUUCUUUCCCUGACACGUACCACUGGCCACAGCCUGUAGCAAAAUGGCAGACCCGGCUGUAAGGUUAAACUUGUAAUUUAGUUUUUAUGGUUGUGUUUAUUAAUUAAGGAAUUUACAGGGGAUGAGUGUGCUGUUUGGAGGAAUGUGUGGGAAUUGCAAACUAUUGCUUUAAGAGCAGGGUGAGGGUGAUUCUCUUGUCUAGCCUUACAGCCUAAGGGGGCUCUGUAGCAAAGCAUGAGAUUGGCUCGGAGUUUCUUUGAAAAGAGCUAGGUUAAAGCAAGGUGGGGAGAGUUGGGCCUUCCUGCUUUAGGGAGCAGCCUGUUUUUCUUCAUCUCCGUCGGGGCCGGCGCAACCCAUUAGGCGACGUAGGUGGUCGCCUAGGGCACUACAAUUUGGGGGGUGGCAACCGUGGCGGUCCCACCGCCUCUGUGGGGGGACGGCAUUUUGGGGCGGGACCUUCCGCCGCCUAGGGCAGCAGAAAAGCUGGCGGCGCUCCUGGUCUCCGUGUUUGGGUUUGUGUUAUCGUUCAGGGUUCUACAAAACACUGUUAUGUUGCAACCUUUCAGCAACAGUAGCUAUGUGUUUUACACUGUGUUUUCUCUGUGCAUACACUGUGCACAUAACAGAAAGCAAGCUUGAAUUGCUGAGCAAGAAAACUGUCUGCUGCUGUUUGCUCCUACUAUAUUCAGGGAAACGGGACGUUGGGCCACACUACUUAGAAUUUGGAAUGAUAGCACAUAAACUGCAAACCAACAUUAGUAUCAAUAGCAGUGUGGCUGUGGAAGCACAGCCGGGCCGAGUACACACACUCCCGAAAUUGAAGGAUACAUACUAGGCACUGCUCAGCUGUGCUGCUGCUACCCGUGCUACCCCAGCUACACAGCUAUUUAUACUCGCACUAGCUCUCUUCAAGUUACCGCAAGGAUGUAUAUGUGAGCAGGGGAAAUCACAUCCCUAACUUGUAGUAUAGAUGUAGCCAGAGAAAGAGAGAAAACAGGCUGCUUGCUGAGGGCAGGUCUACACUUAAAACAGUGUAGCUGCACUGCUGUAGUGCUUUAGUGAAGAGAGCUCUCCCGUUGGUGUAGUUAAUCCACCUCCCUGAGAGGCAGUUGGUGGGAGGAGCCCUCAUGCUGACAUAAUGCUGUCUACAAUGAAACUUAGGUUGGUACAACUACAUCGCUCAGGGGUGUGGAUUUUUUACACCCCUGAACAAUGUAGUUCUAGCAAAGUAAUUCUGUAGUGUAGACCCUACCUUGCUUUAAGGUGAUACUUUCCAGACUGCCUGUGGGAGGGUCUGCCAUGCGUUGCUACAGAGCCCCUUAGCCUGUAAACAGGACAAGGGAACCAUUCAGCCCUGCCUCCCAACUUUUUCCACUGAUAGCUUGCAGUUCGAACACUGUCGUCAAUAUAACUCUGCCAAGCCUAGGCCCAAAAGGUUCCUUCCUCCCAGGGCCACAUUCACUGCUUCAUUCACAUUCUGGUCCAAUCUGCUUCUGACACACAGACACACUGGCAACUCCAUCACUCAAUCCCCUGAUUUUUGUAAUCAGUCCCGGGGAACCCCUCUUUUUCUGCCUGAGUUACCUUUUUCUCAGGCCUUCCCAUGCAGUCUAGUGCCUUGGGAGGUGGCUUGUAUUGUUUCAGCGUUUGUUAAACAUCAAAGCCAGGUUUAACACAACAUACCACUUUCCUGAAAGGUUUUUUGAACCCUGUUAAUUUUUAAAUGAAAAACACACUCUGAGCAUUGCCCCAUGUGUGUCCACACACACACACACACACACACACACACACACACACACACACACACACGUUUUCUGACAUGCAGGGCUGCCAGAGUGAAUAUGGGAAGCCAAAGUAAAUUAUAAUCUGGUAGGGAAAAACAUUAAUGGAAACCUAGAAUUGGGUUUAAAGUCUAAACCUUAAAAAAAGCCACAUAUAACAUUGGUAUAUUACCCUGAGGAAUUAAAACCCAAUUUUUUAAUUUUAGAUUUUUCUGUCUGCCAGCUGAUUUUCAAUGCACAGAUGACACGAAAACCCUUCUAUCAUUCUUCCUAAAACAAGUCCAGCUAAGGAGUCACGUUGCCUUUUUUCUGUCUGCUAUGACUGUAGACUGUUUUUAAAAAUGCAGGCUAAUCUUAGGUUUUGGAGCCAUAGGUGAAUCACCCUGUGUGGGUUCCCAUGCAGUUUCCUCCUCAUCUCUGCCCAAGACCCCACCACCUCUGUAUACCCAUGAAUGCUUCCCUAGAUCAAUUACCUGCUGUCUGCAGUCACUUCAUGGUGGUGGUCUCCCAUCACAGCUGUGAUGAGCCAAACCUCUAGUGGCCCACAUUCACAGCCAUGGGAAGUCAAGAUGGUGAGCGGAAGCUCAGCUUUCCAAGAGGAGAGCAGCAGGGGAGGGAGGGUUAGGAGUUUGUCAGUCUCUCUCCGACAUGAAACUGGUAUGGGACUGCGGCUGGCAGGAUGGGUGUGAGUAAGUGGCAUAGGGCCAUAACUGUGGAAGGCUCCCCCCUGCACAUGGUCACUUUAAAACUCUUUGUAUGAAGAAUGUUAACUUCGGAAAUGUGAAUGACUUUGUCCUUGUGUUGUGUGUGUGU